CGGUUCGUCAUAUCAACCGAUGCACUCGUCUGGGUUGCAAGUUGUUUUUCUUGUAUAAAUCAAAGGUCUUCUUCGCAUUUUCUUUUAGUCAUCAAUCGACUGUUGUAUGCGGGAAACUCAAGUGUCGACAACGAGAGUAUUACUAGCAUGAAGCAUAACACUAUCGUCAAUUGUGUGUUGAUGGCAGCCACUUUUUGGGCUAUGGCGUCAUCUAAACCAACUCCGGCUGACACCGGAAAAGGUGUAUCCCUGAAAAAUGUGCCUAGUAGCGACAAACCGGCUCAAGCGUCUGGAUCGAUUCCCAUCUACAAGCCGGAUGAACUUGAGGCUGUACAUAUGGAAAGUUGCGUAAAGCAAUGCAAACUGGACUGGAGAUUCGGACACGGUUGGGAGAGCUGGGUCAGCCAUUGUAUGAAACAUGAGUGCGGAGUCGAACCCGACCCUUACGAAUCCGAGGUCUUUGAUUUCUAUGUUAGGUACUAGCUGAUUGAUGGCACUGUAAAUAUUUAUAAUAAUAAUGUAAUCCGGUUCUGGGUCCGCGCUCGAAUACACUUGAAAUCUUGUA